UGGCUGACAGUUGAGUUUGCGAAAAAAAAAAACGCCUGCUGCUGGCUGAGAAUCUUCUUUUGUGUUCGUUCGGAAGUGUGCACACUCGCGUUUUUUCUCGUUCCGUGCGGGGCGAAUUCCCAGUUUUUCAAGCCGUGUUUUUACUUCCGCUGGCGGAUUUGUGGACAGUUUUUCCUGUCCAGUUGCUGCUCUGUCGAGGUAAGAAGCAAGUUCGCAGCAAAAGGGCCCUGUCCCAGUGGAGCAGUUGGCAAGAAGUUUAUAUUCCGUUGUCGAUAGAGCAGUAAUCUGUUCCUGAAAUCAACAAAAAUGACCGGUACUGAGAAUAACGCAGUGAAGGCAGUUGAAUCCGCUUCGGACGGGGAGGAUCAAAUGGUUGAGCUACUAGACGACCCGGCCUAUAUGUCUUCGUCCUCACGCCGGAUGAUGAUGAAGGAGGUGAUAAAGGUUCUGCCGGAUAACGUUCAACAUCGGAUCAACGCCCUGAAACACCUACAGAAAAAGUAUCUCAACUUAGAGUCCAAGUUCUUUGAAGAGGUGUACGCCCUGGAGUGCAAAUACCAGGAACUGUACCAGCCUUUAGUGGAUCGCCGGAAGGCAGUCAUUACGGGCGAAUCGGAGCUGGAGGAUGGCGAAGCUGAGUGGGAGGAAGAAAGUGACGACGAGGACAACGAGGUGGAUUCGUCGGUUACGGCACGCUUCAAGCGGAUGGCACUAAACUACAAGAACCAGCACUCGAAAAGCAUCAAGGAGGGUCUGGGCAUUCCCGCCUUCUGGCUGACGGUGUUCAAGAACACACAAACGAUGGCCGAUAUGAUCCAGCCGCACGACGAACCGGUGCUGGAGCAUCUGACUAACGUGAACAUCGUCUACAAGACCGACCCGAUGAGCUACGUGCUGGAGUUCCACUUUUCACCCAAUCCGUACUUCAAGGAUUCGGUGCUAACCAAGCAGUACUUCAUGCGCUGCCAGGUUGACGAGGAUGAACCGUUUAGCUUUGAGGGUCCCGAAAUCUACAAGUGCACCGGCUGCACGAUCCAGUGGAACCCGAGCAAGAACGUGACGGUGAAGACGAUCAAGAAACAGCAGAAGCACAAACAGCGCGGUGUGAUUCGUACUCUGACCAAGACGCUGCCGAACGAUUCGUUCUUUAACUUCUUCAGUCCGCCGGCCGUGCAAGAUGACGACAAGAAUGUGGACGAUGAAACGCAGAUGCUGCUGGCGUCGGAUUUUGAGAUUGGCCACUUCCUACGGGCCAGAAUCAUCCCGAAGGCCAUCCUGUACUUUACCGGUGAGGUGAUGGAUGAAGACGACGAUGGCGAAGAGGAAGAGGAGGAGGAAGAAGAGGAGGAAGAGGAAGGCAUGGAAGAGGAGGAGGGUGAGGAGGAGGAAGAAGAGGAUGAGCGACCUCCGGCGGCUAAGUCCCGGAAAGAUCGCCGCGCAGGUGGUGGUGGCGGUGGAUCGAAAAAGAAAGAACAACAGAAUCCUGCCGAGUGUCAACAGCAGUAGGAAAAUAACAACACGUUAAACCCGCUAUAUUCAGUUCAUUAUUCUAUAUUUUGAAGCUUUUUUGUUUAAGCUGUCUCCUAUAAUCACACAUACUCACCUACGCAAGCAAACACUCCCUACGCACCUCAGUAUAUACGAGAGAAUGCAUGUUACAAUAACGAUAAUAUAUGGAAUCGACGCCGUCGAUUAUCUACUCUGCAGAUCGAUCCGCCGCUGCUAUCGCAGGCCCAGUGGAACACGCCAAGCAUGAAGCGAACAUUCAGCAGGCUGAUGGAAAAGAACAGAUUCCUAACUAAUAACGUUGGUCAGCGUUGAAUUUGGCCUUCAGCUUCUUAUCUCGGAAAAUCUCGACAAGAAGGACGCAUAUUGGAGCUAGCUUAAGCCAGCUUCAUCAUCAUUUCUACUGGUUUCUUUGCCGCUGCCUCACUGUAUUGGCAUCUCAAUAUUUUAAAUUCCAAUAUUGAACUAGAUUAGAAGUUCUUUCUGUUUCUUAGAAUUAUUAUUAUUUUCUAAUAAAAUUAUCAUGAAACAAGUUUACAA